CGACGUCGGCCAUGUUGUCUGCCCGGAGUGUGUAAAGAUGCUCAUGUAACGCUAUUUUCACCAUUUUUCGGCCUGUGUACACCUCUUCCAAGGAAUAUGGCCGAGGAAGGUUGUGCGGAGGUAGGGGAGGCAAACACAGGCUGCAAGAUGGAGGAUACGACAUCCAGUCUAGGGAGUGCUCCUGUUGUCUGUUUGGUUUGCGACUGUGUGAUUAAGGAGCUCCACAGACAGGAUGUGCCCAAUGUGUUCCUUGAGAGUAGUGUGACAUCUCAUUCUCAGCAACAGCUGGCAAACAUGCUGUCAGUCAUUAUAAAAAGUCCCCUAGAAUCAUCACAGGUCUAUUCCAAAACCCUGUGUCGAAGGUGCUUCAGACUCUUAGAUGAACUGGAUGGUAUUGAGCAGCGUUCAGUAGUUCUAAAGACAACCAUUGAAGAGCUCUACAGUCGCUCACUUCUGAGGCGUAUGAAAGGGCCUCGUGUGAGCGACGAAGAGACAAUUGGUGCUAUGGACUUGGGUUUACCUGAAGAUGACGAGGAAGAUGAUGGCUCUAAAAUCUCAGUGAAGGUGGAGCCUCUGGAUGAUGAUGAUGACUUUCUAGCCGAUGAGCUGCGACCAGAGGACCAGGGCAUCCGGCCUGAUGACCCAGAAUUCAACCCAGCACAUGACAACAUGUGGCGAAGCAAGUCACGCAGUAAGGGCAGGGGCAGGGGCAGGGGUCGAAGCAGAGGUCGUGCAAGAGGACGUGGCAGAGGGCGGGGCCCAGGGAGACCCCCCAAGAACUUAAAAGAUGAGGAUGCUGCAGCUAAUAAAGCUGGAGAAUCUCUCGGGGAGAAACUGGGGCAACUAGUCAACAAAAUACUAGGAGAUGAUGAAAGCGAAGAGCCAGUAGACAUGGAGACAGAAACUCCCACAACCUCAGCAGAAGGAGUGGAAGAAGAAGUGGAUGCCACAGAGAAGGUAAGAGAUCUUUUAAAUAUUAACUUGUUCAUAUGUAGGAGGUCAGCGAAGUUUUCACAAGGAAUGUAUAUAUGUGAGCAGUUUUGCUUUCGUCCUGUAACUGGAAGUUCGGUGAAUUGGAUUGUAAUGUAUAUAGUUUAGAAGGAUUGGUUAAAGUAAUGAUUUUUAGAUAUUCUUAGCUUUAGUAAUCAUAAGACUUUCCUUUUCUUUUCUUGGGACAGCUAGAAUAUU